AUGGACCUUACUGCUGGGAUGGUUGAUAAGGCAAUUAAUGUUUUGUCGAAUCUUGCUACUAUAAAUGAGGGAAGGGCAUUGGUCAGGAGGGAGGGAUUCCUGUAUUGGUUGAGGUUUCGAGUUGGGUUUGCAAGAGGUAAGGAGAAUGCAGUUGCUGCUCUCCUACAACUAUGCAAUAGAUUCUGUAAUAUGGUUCUCCAGGAGGGAGUUGUUCCACUAUUAGUGGCAUUGUCACAGUCCGGCACACCAAUAGCCAAAGAGAAGGCUCGGGCACUUCUAGCUAUUUCAGAAACCAAAGGCAUGGUAAUGCUGGGAGGGGUUGACUUUGAUGAAAUGACAUUUGGCCGUGCAAUAUUGUGA